CUAGGGCUGAUCUUCCAGGACUGCUGCCCCCUCCCCUUCCUCCGCUUAGCUGGGGUAAAGCUAGAAAUCCUAUCCCCGGGGCUACAGCCUGUCUUGUACCCUGAUUCCUCCUCUUGCCACAUCCUCCUCCUGAUUAAUUCUUUACCUCCCUCAGAGAGAGUGGAUCGCUCCCUCCUCUGUGCUCCCACAGCACUUCAGCGCACAGCUAUUAUUGCACUGAUCACAUUGUAUUACAGUUAGUUGUUUAUGUGACUCUCUGCCUGCCCCACUUUUAACCCCUUGAAGCCAAGGGGUCUUACUCAGGUUGGUGUUUUCCCUGGAUAAUAGGUAUUCGAUAAAGAGAUAUUGAAUGAAUGGGCCAUAAUUCUUUUUUUUUUUUUUUGCCAUCAAAUUAAUACCUUUCUUAGGGCUGGAGAAAAAUGUGAGGAAAGAAUGCUAAUGAGAUCAGAGAAGACCCUCUGCUCCUCAUCCGGGAGUACUGCCAGGGUUGAACACGCUUAGGUCAGGAUCAGGGCUUCUCAAGCUUGCAUGAAUCCCAAUUACGUGGAGGGCUGUUAAAACACACACCACCGGGCCCUGCCCGCCCCCCCCCCCGCCCCCUGAGCUUCUGAUUCAGGAGACCUGGGGUGGGGCCUGGGAAUGUGCAUUUCUAAACUGUUCCCAGAUGACACUAAAACUAUUAGUCGGGAGACCAUCUUUUGAGGGCCACCGCUGUCCAAAGACAAGGAGCAGUGAGAACUAUGUGGACAAAGAGGUCACCAAGUUUCCAGGGUGAGUGUGACCAGGGGUUAGCCUCUGGGUCUGCUGAGGCUCUAUCCCAGGCUAAACUCAGAUACAACUUCCCCUCAGAAACCCCAAGGCCCACAAAGCGCAGUGAAGAAGCCUCAGGCAAUGAGAGGGGAAAAUGAAGAUGGAGUGGGCUCUAGAUCUAAUGAGACAAAUAGAGCUGAUGGCCGGACACAGGCGAAGCAGAGAGGUGCAGAAAGCGCUAUGGCCGGAGACUCUGCCUGGAGGCAGAGCUGAACAAAUGACAGCCGGAUGAAGAACAGAUGAGAAGAAAUGGGAACUUCAGCACAGUGAAAAUCUCAUCUGACUUCAAGUAUGAGUGGACCAGCAGAGAGAGAAAAGAAAAAGGAAAUCACCAGCAAACUCAGGGCUCCUAGGACAGCAAAGGAGGAGGCACUCAGGGAAAGCAGAGACAGGAAAGACAGACAAAACCCCAACCACUUCCCCCAAGACUGUGUUCCUGGAAAAACACCAGGAACUCUUUUCCAGGAAACUUAGGACCUGGGCUGAAGAGUGGGACAGAAUUUUUGUUCAAUCUUCUUUAGAAUCCGCCACUCAGGGCAGAAUUUUUCAGACUCAUUUGCACUCCCUUGCUACGCCCCUCCCCCAAGUCCGAAACGCGGGGUUACAUCAGUUUCUGGAAGGGACACAUCCAAGAUCCCUAUUAGCUUUUUCCUCCUAAUACUUUGCUCUUCUGAAUAUGCCAAGAUGUUGCCCAGCACCCAAGCUAAGACAUAUUUGGAACUCACUCUCUUCCCUUCACCUUCAAGGAAAACUGGUCUGUGGAUACCCUGCCCGCGCCUGAACCGACCAGCUCUCCAGCGCUGGAAUCGCGGCUGCUCGCGGACCGGAGGAGGGCAGCUGAGAAACAACCCGCGGAGACAACACGCAGCAGUUGUUUCAGCAGGAAGUGUUUAUGGUGGUUUGGUCCUCAAGAAGUUCCUAAAAGAGAUACAAUCUAUACUGCCUGGAUUCUCUGCAAAGCUGAACUGGACUUCAGAUGAAGCCAGCUAUUCUCAGGACACAUCGGGGAUGACAUCCUUCCUCAUGACUUUUGAGGUUGAUGAAAAGCCCAGAACCUUGAUGACAGAUAGUCUGGUUAUAAAGAAUUUUUUACAUAAAACUGUCGUGGUGCUCCCUAAGUUUAGAUUUAAUUUCAGUGUAAAGGUGAAUGGAAUCCUCUCCAUGGAGAACUUUGGUACACCAAAGUUUGGUACAACUGAAUUACUCUGCCGCAGAAUCCAUCCUGUGCUAGGACAUCCAGUACUGCUCGUCAUCCCUGACGAUGUGGCUGGAAUGGGCUUGUUGGGAGAGCUGAUACUGACGCCAGCUGCUGCUUUGUGUCCUUGCCCAAAGGUCUCUUCCAACCAACCGAAUAGGAUCUCUUCAGUUUCCAUAUUUCUAUAUGGACCUUCAGGUCUGCCUCUGAUAUUGCCGGGGCAGGAGCACCUGUCUACCGCUGUCUUCAAAGACACCUCUAAUCUCAUUGACUGGAAGAAAUACCACUUGCGAAUGGUGCCCAAUUUGGAUCUCAGUUUAGACAGAGAUUUGGUGCUUCCAGAUGUGAGUUAUCAGGUGGAAUCCAUUGAGGGGGAUCAGUCUCAGAAUGUGGACCCCCAGGGACAAACACUGCUGCUUUUUCUCUUUGUGGAUUUCCACAGCGGAUUUCCAGUCCAGCAAAUGGAACUCUGGGGAGUCCACACGUUGCUCACAGCUCAUCUCAGUGCCGUCCUCGUGGAGAGCCGCAGCAAGGUGCACGAGUCCAUCCAGGUUGCUGUGGACCAGGCCUUGGAGCAGCAUCACCAGGCUGCCAAGGCUCAUCAGAAACUGCAAGCCUCACUCUCAGUGGCUGUAAAUUCCAUCAUGAGUAUCAUGACUGCAAGCACCAGCAGCAACUUCCGAAAGAUCUGCCUCCAGACGCUUCAAGCAUCUGACACACAGGAAUUUGCAACCAAGCUGCAUAAAUCAUUUCAUGAGAUCACCCAGCACCAGUUUCUUCUCCACUGCUCAUGUGAGGUGAAGCAGCAGCUGCUCCCAGAGAAAAAUGAUGCAGAGCAGAGCAGAGAGGACACACAUGAGAACAGCGGUCUGGAGCUCCUCACAGGGACCAGCAGGCAGGCAGAAAUCAAGAAACUUAAGAGGGGCAGACUCCGCCAAAGCCUGGAGGAGACGCGGACUUUCUACUCACCUGGGACCCUGAGCCCGUCAGAGGCGGCCCCGCGCCCCGUGGAGCCCACCGCGGCCCCCCUGACCCCUAGUCGAAGCAGGACGGGCCCCGGGAGCGACCUGGAGGUAACCGGGCUAAGGCCGCACAGGGGAGGGAGCGGCAGCAGGGCGGGGCCCGGCUGCUGCCGAGGGGUCCUCACGCUGGGCCUCCUUUCCUCCCGCAGGACGCGCUGUGGCUGCAGGAAAUCUCCAAUCUGUCCGAGUGGCUGAGUCCCGGCCCUGCGCCCUGAACUGUGCCCCCUCCCCGCGCCCCAGCGCCCGCGGGGGCCGCAUGUAGUCUGUUGUUCAAUAAACCUGCUCCGCGCG